AACACAAAAAAGAAAAAAACUUAGAAUAUCUGAGAGGUGUGUGUAUGAUUAGGGCUUGCAAGUGUGAACUCUUUGCGGCAUAGGAAGGCGAAUCGAUGAUGGCUAGAGAUCACGAACAAGUCGCCGAAAUUAACGACAAUCUCGAUGGCGCUUCAACUCCAUCGCUCGUUUUCAGCAGCGACGAUGACGACGAGGAAGCGAAUCAAGAUCUGAGCCUCAAGAUCGUGGAAAAAGCCAUGCGAACGCGAGAGGCCAAACUCUCCCCAAACGACGACGUAUCGGAUGAACCCAGCGGUCCCGCUGCUUUCGAAGUAAUGGAAGAGUCCCUGAAUCGAAGUGUUAUUAUAGCUGCAGAACAAGAGGUGGAAGAGAUAAUCAAAACCACUGAGAAGGAUGAAUCUGUGGAAGCAAGUGCUGUUCAGAUAGGUGACAACGCUGUUCUGCGAAAGCUGCUUCGGGGUCCAAGGUAUUUUGACCCACCAGAUAGUAGUUGGGGAGCAUGCUAUAAUUGUGGCGAGGAAGGUCAUGCUGCUGUAAACUGUACAGCAGCAAAGCGCAUGAAACCAUGCUAUGUAUGUGGUGGUUUGGGACACGGUGCUAAGCAAUGUACUAAGGCCCAGAGUUGCUUUAUCUGUAAGAAAGGUGGCCACCGGGCCAAAGACUGUCCUGAGAAGCUCAUGACUGCACGUGUUUCUAAAAGCCUGACAAUUUGCUUAAAGUGUGGAAAUUCGGGGCAUGAUAUGUUUUCAUGCAAGAAUGAUUAUUCACGGGAUGAUCUCAAGGAGAUUCAAUGUUAUCUCUGCAAGACAUUUGGACACUUGUGUUGUGUCAAUACUGUUGAUGCAAUACCGGGAGAAAUUUCUUGUUACAAAUGUGGUCAGAUGGGUCAUACCGGUUUGGCAUGCUCAAGGUUGCAAAGCGAGACUACUGGUGCUGCUUCACCUAGUUUGUGCUAUAGGUGUGGUGAAGUAGGACAUUUUGCCCGAGAAUGCACAAGCUCAACCAAGGCUGGGAAAAAGAAUAGUGAAUUUUCAAAUACAAAAAAAAGAAGAUCCUAUAAAGAAAAUGAUUUCAGGGGACAUUGGUCUGCACCUCAUGAUGCGGGUAAGAUGCAUAAAAAGAAGCGACCUCUUCCAGACGAAAGAGGCUUUACAACCCCCAAGAAAUCAAAGAGUAGAGGUGGCUGGUCGAGGGAGCUUCCCACCGAAGAAAGAGGCCUUACAACCCCCACAAAAUCAAGGAGUAGAGGUGGCUGGACAAUGGAACAUCCUGCAGAAGAAAGAAACUUUAAAAGAGGCUUUACAACCCCCAAGAAAUCAAAGAGUAGAGGUGGCUGGACAAUGGAGCACCCUGCAGAUGAAAGAGACUUUAAUUCUCCUAAAAAAUUCAAGAGCAGAGGUGGCUGGACGGCUGAGUAUGCCGGAGAAUUCUCUUCUUCAAAGUCCAAAAGGAGCAGUUGGAGGUCUCCAGGGACACCAUCUGCUAGAAGCACUAAAAUUCACUCGCGAAGUAGUGGAAGUCAAACUCCAGGUUGGAGUUAUAAAUCUUCUCAGGGGUGGCAGGGUCAACAACCUGGAGCCUCAAAUUACCAAGGAUUAGCCAUGGAUUUCCAUCAUAGAUAUUCAGCAUCAAGGUUUGGCAACUCUAGCAGUGAUGGAUAUAGGAGAAGUCAUUGGCAGUAGCUUUCGCCUUCGUGUUCUUUACAAUGUCAUCUGUAAACUACUUGUAAAAUGACACCUAGUUGCAUGUUUUUUAUUUCUUCAAAAUAAUAAUAUUUAUUUUCCCUUCAGUUAUUCAUUCAA